GAGUAAUUCCGGGAAGCUCGCCUUACAACUCUGCGCGGCCCCCAGCGCUGCCCGCCCCACAACAAAACUCCGCGCGGCUCUCGCUGGAGCUGGGCUCAAAGCGACCUGCGCUUGGGACCAAAGGGGAGACGGAGCAGGGUUCGGGCCAGGACAGCAGCUGGGACGGCAGCGGGACCCACGCGUGCCCGGGACGCCAGGCGAAGCAGGCCGAGAGUCGGGUCUCAGCCGGGAGGGCACCUUUUGCAAACAUGUCUGUGGAUCCCUUAUCCAGCAAAGCCCUGAAGAUCAAGCGCGAGCUGAGCGAGAACACACCGCACCUGUCAGACGAGGCGUUGAUGGGGCUGUCAGUGCGGGAGCUGAACCGGCACCUGCGCGGACUCUCGGCGGAGGAGGUGACCCGGCUCAAACAGCGGCGCCGCACACUCAAGAACCGCGGCUACGCCGCCAGCUGCCGCGUGAAGCGUGUGUGCCAGAAGGAGGAGCUGCAGAAGCAGAAGUCGGAGCUGGAGCGCGAGGUGGACAAGCUGGCGCGCGAGAACGCCGCCAUGCGCUUGGAGCUCGACGCGCUGCGCGGCAAGUGCGAGGCGCUGCAGGGCUUCGCGCGCUCAGUGGCAGCGGCCCGAGGGCCGGCCGCGCUCGUGGCGCCAGCCAGCGUCAUCACCAUCGUCAAAUCCGCCCCGAGUCCGGGGCCGGGCCCCGCCCCCGCCCCCGGGCCCGCCCCCGGGCCCGCCCCCGCCGCCUGCUCCUAGUGUCCACUGAGCCCCGCCCCCGCGCGCCCUGCCCACGCCCACCCUCCAAACCACGCCCUUCCGACCCCAGCUGCCUUCCCUAAGAAAGUGCCUAAGCUCAUUCUCUCUCCCAUUUCUCUGCAGCCAUUUCUCUGCAGCCACCAGUCCUCGAAAUGAACACACGUUCCCUCCCCCGAGCCUGUCUUCCUCGUGUGGUCCCUGAAACUGGGACUUGAUGGCCCUGGGGAAGGGCAGCUCUGGUGAGAUAGGAGGUUGGGUGAGGUCAGGGUCUGAGUGAGGUCUUUUUUGGCAGAAACUUCAUCCUUCUUGGUUUGGGAGGAUGGGCUACAGAGCCGAUUAGAAAAGGGCCAUCAGGGGGAAGAGGGCCACCCCUCAUUUUGUAACUGCUCAGCUUGCGCCAGCGGCCCCUCUUCACCCUCCCAGGAUACAGCCCCAUCUGUGUCUUGCGGAGCUGUCCAGCUGGGACGCGGAUGCUCCCACCUCUGCUUUGGUCCUGGAUGCCUGGCCCUCCAAAGUGUCUUUAGAAAUUGCCUAGUGAAGUCCAGUUAACAGAUGGGAAGACAAGCCUCCAGUGGACAUGACAAUGCCCAAGGCCAUACAUGCUUAGUGGUUGAGCUAGAACUAAAAGCCACGGCUUCCUGCUGCUGCCCUGAGAUUCCUGCCAUGGUCGGCCGGGGGCAGGGCAGGGGGAGACAGUGGGCAGCAUCUGAAAAAGGUGGUGCCAGGGCCUCCCUGGCUUGAGAGACGGCUCUUUGUGAGGCAGGGGAAGAGAAGCAGAAGGAGAGAGAAGGUGAUGCAGAUGGAAGAGAGGGAAGUAGCUGGCCUGGCUCAAUCCUGGGCUCUGGCUGCAGCCAGGGAGCUGGCCAGCCAGAGAGAAAGGGGACCAAGGAGGUGAUCAUAGUGGCACGUGGGGAGAUGAGAAGACAGAUCCAACUGCCCUGCAGCCUGGGAUAGGGGUCCUUAAAAGGAAAGGGUCCCACCGGUCCUCCUGUGAGGGUCUGCUGUGGGCUUGGGGCUGACCCCUGCCAUUGAUUGCCAUUCUCCUGGGAAGGCUGGGCCCUAGCCCCACGCCCACUAUAGAGCUUCCUGUCCCUGCUGUUUAUUUAUUACACAAAUCUAAGUUAUUCUCCCCCAGCCAGAGCCCUAGCACCCACUGCCUGGGAAAAGUGGUGUGCGGUCCUGUGCUGGACUUUGUGUUUUAUAUCUGCAAAUAAAUCACAUUUUAUCUUAUAUUUAGGGAAAGCCGGCUGACAAAAGCAAUCAAAAACUUUUAAAAAAAUUGCCCGGUCCCUAGAUUUUAUUUAUUUUUCCGACUUACAGUAAGCGAGUUAUCCGCCUUCUGUAUUUUGUAGACUUUCUGAAUAAAGUCAAGUUCUCUUUUUCCACAGUU